AUGGCGUUACUAGUAAGCUUCCUUACUACGGCUAGUAGCCGCAUGAAUGCCAUCAUGGUUUCACCUGCGCGCGCCGAUCCGCCCUUCCCCGUGGAGAGCCUCCCCGACGACGUUCUCGCGCUCGUCCUCCGCUCGCUCGCGCGAACCUCCUUCCGCCACGCGCUCGUUUCUAAGCGCUGGUACCGCCUCGCCACGUCUGCGCUCUCCCACUUGACCAUUCGGCAUCAGAAUCUAUCGAUGCAAGAAAUACGAGAUUCUGACCACUUCCGCAACGCGCAGCUUGCAUGGCUCCCGCUCCCGCGCCUUCUUUCCGCGCUGCGACGCUUCCCCACCCUCACGCACGUGUCGCUGGGCGAGUUCUCGAUCGUAUCCGCCGACGGCGACGCGCUCAUCCGAUGCCUGGCCGCCACGUGUCCGUUCCUGAGCCAUCUAACGGUGGAGCAUCAGUUUCGCAUGGCGGUUACUGUAGACGGCCUCGCGUCGCUCUUCCACGGGUGUCGCAAGCUCAGGGAACUCCGCCUGCUCACCACCGACGGCCUCCCGCAUCUCCCGCCGUCCCUCUCGCUCCUCACAGAUCUCCAAACCCUCCACGUGUGCGCUCAUCCUCUAUAUGGCGAUGACUCGCUACAGGAGCUCGUUUCGCCGCCCGAGAGCAUCGGCGCGCUGCAGCAGCUGCGGGAGCUGCGGGUCAGCGCGGGAUCGAGUUUCCAGGGUCUGGGGGAGUGCGUGGGUCGCCUCACUGACCUUCGGAAGCUGAGCAUCGGUACUACUCAUCUCUCAAGAACCGUCACGAAGCUUCCCGACGCGAUAGGCGAUUUGGAUCGGCUGGAAAGCCUGGAAGUCGAGCUGGACGGGCUCGAGUGCAUUCCGGAAUCCCUCCAACUGCUGACCGGGCUGAAAUCCCUCUCUCUCCAAUCCAAGCGUCUGCAGCGCCUGCCCGGAAAUGUUAUGGCGGGGCUGACGCAGCUGCAGUCUCUUUCCCUCCACGCCUGCGAUUCCCUCGGGAUUCUCCCAGAGAGCAUUUGCUUCCUCCCUCUCUCCUCCCUCUCCAUCUCCUCCUGCUCCUCGCUCAUCUCACUCCCUCACCACAUCGGCGCAUUAUCUCAUCUGGAAACCUUAAAGCUCCUCUCCCUUGAUAAUAUCCGGGUUCUGCCCGAAAGCCUGGGUGAUUUACCCCAGUUAAUAACGCUCGAGCUGGACCUGCCCGCGCUGGAGCAUCUGCCCGAGAGAUUCCUCGCUGAAAGAGUCAUUAUUGGUGCACUCUUUUCAAUGAUGGAAGUGAUCUCCCUGCCAUUGCUCACGGUGCGGGAGCUGAUAGAACCCUCCUCUGCUGUCACGCACGCUUCUGCUGGUGCUGAAAGCGGCAGUCCUGUCGCCGCAGCUGUGCCACUGCUGCUAGUUGUGGCGGUGCUGCUGAUGCCUCUGCUGCCCAGUGCGUGGCUCUAUCCUGCCAUGCUGCUCGCUGCUGCGCUGCUGCUGGUGAUCCUUGUACCUAUCCGUGCCUUUGAUGUUGCAUCAAAUGGCACGGAACAACACCCGGGCCUAUUUUCCCUCACCAUAUUAAAGGUUUCAGACUGCCUGCUUAUCUCCUCCCUCCCGAAAAACUUCUCCUUCCCUGCCCUGCACACGCUCACCCUGCAUUCUCUCGGCGUUCCGAAAAAUCUCCUGGACUUAUCCAGCAGGCAGCUGCCGCAACUGCAGCGGCUGGUGCUGGAGAGGAUGGGUGCUGAGGCUGACCCAUGGCUGUUUGACCGCAUUCCUGGUGUGCGGUCGGGGAGAAUGCGGCUUUUUCUGCAUGUGAAAGCUCUGUUUGUGCUUCUGCACGUGGUGGAUUUAUUGCUGCAGCUGGUUGUGUUGCUGAUGAGGGCGGCAACGUCUCUAAACAUCCACACGAUGCCGUUCAUCCCUUUCCCAAGCCGUUUCAACGCCAUGGUUUCACCAGCGCGCGCCGAUCCGCCCUUCCCCGUGGAUCGCCUCCCCGACGACGUUCUCGCGCUCGUCCUCCGCUCGCUCGCGCAGACCUCCUUCCGCCACGCGCUCGUUUCCAAGCGCUGGUACCGCCUCGCCACGUCCGCGCUCUCCCACCUGACCAUUCGCCAUCGGGAUUUAUCGAUGCAAGAAAUACGAGAUUCUGAGCACUUCCGCAACGCGCAGCUUGCAUGGCUCCCGCUCCCGCGCCUUCUUUCCGUUUUGCGCCGCUUCCCCACCCUCACGCACGUGUCGCUGAGCGAGUUUUCGAUCGUAUCCGCCGAUGGCGACGCGCUCUUCCAAUGUCUCGCCGCCACGUGUCCGCUCCUGAGCCAUCUAACGGUGGAGCAUCAGUUUCGCAUGGUGGUCACUGUAGACGGCCUCGCGUCGCUCUUCCAUGGAUGCCGCAAGCUUAGAGAAUUCCGCCUGCUCACCACCUUCUGCCUUCCGCAUCUCCCGCCGUCCCUUUCGCUCCUCACGGAUCUCCAAACCCUCCACGUGUGCGCUCAUCCUCUCUAUGGCGAUGACUCGUUACAGGAGCUCGUUUCGCCGCCCGAGAGCAUCGGCGCGCUGCAGCAGCUGCGGGAGUUGCGGAUCAGCGCGGGAACGAGUUUCCAGGGACUUGGGGAGUGCGUGGACCUCAUUACUAACCUCCGCAAGCUGAGUAUCGGUACUCUCUUCGCAAGAACCAUCACGAGGCUUCCCGACGCGAUAGGCGACUUGGCUCGGCUGGAAAGCCUAGAGAUCGAACUUGACGGGCUCGAGUGCAUUCCGGAAUCCUUCCAACUGCUGACCGGGCUGAAAACCCUUUUCCUUCAAUCAGAGAAUCUGCAAUGCCUGCCCGAAAAUGUUAUGGCGGGGCUGACUCAGCUGCGGUCCCUUUCCCUCCACGCCUGCAAUUCGCUCAAGAUUCUCCCGGAGAGCAUCUGCUUCCUCCCUCUCUCCUCCCUCUCCAUCUCCUCCUGUUCCUCGCUCACCUCACUCCCACACCACAUCGGCGCCUUGUCCCACCUGCAAACCCUAAAGCUCCUCCACCUUGAUAAUAUCCGGGAUCUGCCCGAAAGUCUGGUGUUCAUAGCACUCUCCACCGCACAAUACAUCAGGCCUUCGGUGCUGCUUGUCCCUGCUGCCGUGCUCGCUUUCGCUGGCGCUAGAAGCGGCAGUGCCAUCGCCUUCGUUGCAUCGCUGCUUCUUGUUGUGGUGCUGCUGCUGAUGUCUCUGGUGCCCACUGCGUGGCUCUAUCCUGCCAUGCUGUUUGCUGCUGCGCUGCUGGUGUUCCUCGCCGAACAACACCCGGGCUUAGUGUCGCUCGCCGUGCUAAAAGUUUCAAACUGCCCGCUCAUCUCCUCCCUCCCAGAAAACUUCUCCUUCCCUGCCCUGCACACCCUCACCCUGCAUUCCCUGGGCAACCUGAAAAAUCACCUGAACUUUGCACCCAGGCAGCUGCCGAAGCUGCAGUAUCUGGAUCUGGAGCAGGUGGAUGGCGAUGCAGAACCGUGCCUGCCUGACUGCUGCGCUCCCUGCAGUGGAGUUGCUGCUGCGGCUUGUUGUGUGCUUAUUCCAGCCGGCUUAUACGAGAGUGUGUCGAUUGUACAGGUUGGCAUGCAGAUGGGGGAGGAGAGGGUUUUGGAAGCUGCAGCAGCGUGGAAGGUGCAGAGCGGUUCUUUCAGUAAAUAG